AUGGACUCUGAGAAGCGCAAGAAGUAUCACGGCGUUGGCAACACCGCUGAGCGCUCGCGCGUGCGUGGCUCUACCCGUGCCGCGCUUCGCAAGCAGACCGGCCGCAAGCCUGACAACAUCACUGUGGAGGCAACUAUCCACCUGGCGAAGCUGCUCAAGAAGAAGACCUUCCACAAGCGCGCGCCCAUCGCCAUCAAGCGCAUCAAGGCCUUUGUUGGCAAGCUGAUGAAGACGAAGGACAACCGCAUCGACGCCUCUUUGAACACGUACAUUUGGCACAAGGGCGUGAAGGGUGUUCCUGGCCGUGUUCGCGUGCACGUGGAGCGCAAGUCUGAGACCCCCGAGGGUGGCAAGCGCAAGCACUUCUACACCGUCAUCUCCAACGUUCCUGUCGCCUCCUUCAAGAACCUCACAACGAAGGUGACUGAGCAGUAA